AUGACACCGAAAGUAACAUGUUGUGAGGCGCCACUUCAUCCAUCGCGAAUUGCAGUGGUGGGCAUUGCCUUACUGUCGGCUGUGACAUUCUACUUUUUCAGUUUGCAAGAGCUACCUAAGUUCCUGCAGCACUACGUUCUACCACUUUACAGCAUCCAAUUUGCCAUGACAGUGCUACUAUUUUUUAUUAUUUCACGCUUUGAUCCUUCGACACAACCUAGUCAUCAAGCAAUACGUUUUUCACAUUCAUGCAAGGCAGCUUGUGAUGCUAAAGUUUCAUCAGCUAUCACACAUUUCGGAUCUACAAGCGAGGCGAAUGCUGAUAUUUUAUCAUACAGUCUAGUAUACCCGAAAUGCUGCGACUGUGGUCACAUGGUGCUAACAUUCAACACAAAACAUUGCAGUAAAUGCAACAAGUGUAUUCCGGGCUACGAUCAUCACUGCAUAUACCUAAACACAUGUAUUGGCACGCACAACUAUCCGCUGCUACAUUAUAUCAUGCAUGCUUGCGGUGAAGGGAAAGAAUUACAAGAACAAUAA